ACAUGUAUGGGGUUGGAGAGUGUCCGUAGUUAGUCAGCUUGAACUAUGGAGUUGUCAGGCAGGCUAACAGAUUUGAGUUUUAGCCCUGUAGGGUUUUAUCAGGUACUGACUGUUGUGUGUGUAAUCUGGAUUUCGGUGAAGUUAAUCAAAUGGUCAGUAAAUAGGAAGACAUGGUUGAGAGCACUUGAUCAGUUUCCCGGACCACCUGGUCACUGGCUUCUUGGACAUGUUGUUGAGUUUCGGCAAGAUGGAACAGAUUUGCAGAAGAUACAAGAAUGGGGACGGCAAUAUCCUUACGCGUUUCCAAUGCAGUUUGGCCCAGACAGUGUAUAUUUGUUUAUCCAUCAUCCAGCUUACGUGAAGACCAUUCUCACGACAACAGAACCAAAGGAUGACAUUGCAUACAGAUUUCUCAUCCCUUGGAUAGGAGACGGUUUACUUGUUUCCGAUGGACAGAAGUGGUUUCGCCACAGAAGGCUUCUCACACCAGGGUUUCAUUACGAUAUCUUGAAACCGUAUGUAAAACUAAUGGCAGAGUCAGCCAAAGUCAUGCUGGACAAGUGGACAGUCCAUGCAGAUACAGAGCAGUCCUUUGAACUUUUUCAACAUGUUAGUCUGCUUACACUGGACAGCAUAAUGAAGUGUGCCUUUAGCUACAACAGCAACUGUCAGACAGAUAGUGGGAGCAACACAUACAUAAAGGCAGUGUUUGAUCUGUGCUACCUGGUGAACCUCCGCUUCCGCGUUUUUCCUUAUCACAGUGACACUAUCUUUUACUUCACUCCACAUGGCUACACAUACAGAAAGGCAUGCAAAAUUGCUCACGACCAUACAGAUGAAGUUAUAAGGAAGAGGAAAGAGGCUUUACAUCAGGAAAAGGAACAAGACAGUGCUCAGGGGAAGAGAUAUUUAGACUUUCUAGAUAUACUUUUGUGUGCUCGAGAUGAGCAGCAGCAGGGCUUGUCAAAUGAAGACAUCCGAGCAGAAGUGGACACUUUUAUGUUCGAAGGACAUGACACUACUGCCAGUGGCAUCAGCUGGAUCUUCUACAGCCUUGCCUGCCAUCCUGAACAUCAGCAAAAGUGCAGAGAGGAGAUCCAGCAAGUGCUGCAGGGAAAGGACACUAUUGAGUGGGAGGACCUCGGUAAAAUACCUUACACCACAAUGUGCAUCAAAGAAUCGAUACGUAUGUACCCUCCUGUGCCUGGAAUAGGACGAAGAAUGACCAAACCUGUUACUUUUUUUGAUGGAAGAACGGUACCUGCAGGUUGUCUAAUUGGAAUCAGUAUAUAUGGAAUUCACCACAACCCUACAGUUUGGGAGAAUCCCGAUGUGUUUGACCCACUGAGAUUUUUACCAGAGAACACCGCUAAGAGAUCACCGCAUGCCUUUGUGCCCUUCUCUGCUGGACCAAGGAACUGCAUUGGUCAGAACUUUGCUAUGAAUGAGAUAAAAGUGGCGGUUGCACUGACACUGAGGAAGUACAUUCUCAUCAAAGACCCAGAUCAUACCCCCAAGAUGAUCCCGAGAUUAGUGCUCAAGUCUCUCAACGGUAUUUACCUCAAGAUUAAAUCUGUGGAUAAUGAGCUCUGAUGAGACAGUAACUCCAAGUCAGCCUUGAAAUUCUGUUUUUACACUUAUGACAUAAUUCAGCAAUAUAAAAAUAAUAAAAGUGGUUAUAUAACAAAUCUUAAUAGAUCUACUAAUAGUGCAUUAAUAUCAAUGAUCAGACGCUUGCUUUAGAUGUUUUUAACAAUAUUGAAUAAGAAAGAUUAAAGUAAAGCACUUGUUGGCACAGAGAUUAUUAUAAAAAUACUUUGUGUCCUUCCUGAACUCAUAUGCACUUGUUAUUGAUCACAGCUGAUUGUGACUAGAUAUUAAUUGAUUUGUUUAGACUGCCAUAGCUUGGUUUAACACACCUGCUGUGUAACUCUUGUAUAUGUAUUGUGCACCAUAAUCUAAAUCAGGAGGGUCAUAUUCCAGUCCUGAAGGCUCACAGCAGGUCAGAUUUCAGCAGUAUACCUUGUCUUCCACACCUUUUUGGACUGCAUAAUCCUCUGUAGGCUAAGUUGAGUAUUAGAAACAUGAUAUAUAGCAGUUUUACAUUUACUAACAUGCAGUUAUCAAUAUUAUUUUCUUAUUGUAUGUAUUAAUUGGAUCAUUGUUAUUAGCUAGUGCUAGCUUUCUAAUAUAUAAAAGCUGAAGUUGACACCAGACAAAUAAAGCUUAACACUAUUGUUAGUAGAAAAUAAGUGCUGUUGUUAUUAAUUCCAUUUUCUUGAACAGCGGCUCUAUUUUUAUGAUAUGACUUCUGAUUGUAUAAUAAAGUUUUUACUCAUACAGCAAA